AUGCGCGAACACGGCGGGCCCCUAUCUUCCGGCUCGGGAAACCCCGACAAGAAAGAAUACGUAGAAGAGUGGCCUGUCGCGACACAAUUCAAACCAACGAGGACGAUCAGCGUGGGAGGGAAGGAUCCAUUCCUCGAAGAGCACGGACGACACGAGGACGGCGAACAGUCGCAGCCGCUAUCCUGGCCGGCUCUGAGUCACUGCUGGGGUGGGAAUAACAACUUCAUCCUGACCGCGGACAAACUGGGGGUCUGGAAACAAGCGGUCUCGCUGUCCUCGAUGCCCAAAACAUUCCAAGACGCUGUGGUUGUGACGGGACAGCUUGGGUUGAAACAUCUGUGGAUCGACUCGCUGUGCAUCUUGCAGGAUUCCAAAGCAGACUGGGCGCAUGAGUCCGAUAGGAUGGCAAAUGUCUACCGGUGCUCGACAGUUCAUCUCGCGGCGCACACCUCCCGCCACAGCGACGACGGUUUCCUCAAGCCCCGGACACCUGUGGAGCACGUACCGCUCCCGUAUUCGAGCACUCGGUUGGGCGUGUCCGGGACCAUGCUGGUCCGACCGGCAAUCAGCUCUUGGAGGCGCUCUCUGUUGUCCGGCGAGCACAGCGUACUUUCCACUCGAGGGUGGGUGCUCCAAGAGAGUCUGCUCUCCCCGCGGACGCUGCAUUUUGGACACGAGCAGAUGUUCUCGGAGUGUCCGAACAUGCGUCUUGCGGAAGGUGACUUCUCGCCUACUACUAUUUCCGACCCAGACGCCCACGACGUGGAUCUCAGCGCAAGCAAACAGUUCGUGAAUGCGAUGGGCAACGGGACCCAGGCAGCUGUGACGACAGGCCAAGCCCGUGAGCUCUGGUAUAUGCGGUGGUAUGAGAUUGUUACCAACUACUCGCAGCGAACUCUCGGAUACCCCUCGGACAUUUUCCCCGCCCUUUCCGGCCUGGCCCAGACCAUUGGCGCCCUUAUUCCCGGGAAUGAGUACAUGGCAGGGCUGUUCAGAGGAGAUGUCUGUCGUGGGCUGCUGUGGAAGCCGGCGGACGAUUCGAAAGCUUCGAGAGCACACCCAUACAGAGCGCCCAGUUGGUCAUGGGCUUCUAUCACGGCACCUGUCGAGUUUGAAAUUCGCCCCAGCGAAUACAGCCCGGAACUCAUUCCCGAGCACGAUCUUGCCGUGAUAGGUGUCACGCUGCGCUCGCUUCACGACGCUGACCUCAGUGAAGAAGAGUACUAA